GGAGGGAGGAACGGGAGGGAAAGCCACGCGCGGGGCCGCCCUUCCUGGCUUCUCCGCGCCCGUCCCGCCGCAGCACCCGGCCUCGGGCAGGACCCGGCGCUUCCCGCGGCCGCGGGGGGAGGGGCGCACCGCAGGGAACGCGCUAUGGAGCUGCAGGAGCUCCCUAACCAUCUACCGCGUUGGGAAAGCUCGUGAAUUACUAUCUGCUGAGUUGUGCCUUCCUCAGAGACUGCAGGCAGAAUCAGCGAAUCUGCUCGUGUUGCGGCAGCUGCUGCUCUGAAGGGGGGGGCUGCUGGAUCCGCGCUGGUGGCUGGAAGGAGCUCAGUGGGGUGCUGGGUGCCACGACUCCCUGGCAGCACUGCUUGUCGCGAAGGGUGGCUUUUGGUCUGCCAGAGACCAAGUGUUCGCUUAAUGACAAACGCGGCAGCAGCCUGGGGACUGUAAUCCAGCACUGCAUCGCAGAUCUAAGCUCCUCCUUAUGCAUCUUCCAUUCUUUUCUGCAGUGUCGGCUGUCUUCAAUAGGCUGUCUGCCUCCUCUGUCCUCUUCCUUCCACCUGCUUAACAUGUCUGAAGCCCUGUAAUUAAAAUAUUCUUCUGUGAAGCUGGGAAAUAGGGGUUUUGUGCUCCUGCUUUUUGACACGGGCCAGCCAAAUGUUAAGCAACUGAAAGCAGUAGAGCAGAUACAGGAAAAAUACUUCUGGAAUACACUCGGAACUCCCAGUAAAUCAGUUCUAAGGCACUAAAUAUAACAUCCUUCUUGCUUGGAGUUUUCAGGAACAUGUUAAGUAGUAAUGGCUGCUCAGAGAAGUAUUACAGUCAGUAGUUUUUCAGAAGUAGGUUUUUUUUUAAUGGGAGCAUAAUCUUUGGAGCAGGGAUUGCAUUGGAUGCAUUUUGCAGGGCACUUAAAAAUCAUUAAUGCUUUCAAGUGAUACUAUACAUUUUGAGUUUUGUCUCGUUUCUGAAUCUGCAUCAAUAGAAACUGACCUUUGCAAUAGUCUGUAAAGUCGGUAGCAGCAUUUUUUUGAUUAAUCAGAGGACAGGGAAGUUUUAGCAGAGAGGUUGAGGGACUUGCCACAGUCACACACAGAGCGCACCAGAGGAACAUUGCUACUUCGGUUCUCAAAUCCUUUAUAAAUUUCCAGGUUUUGUCCACAGUAACUCUGUUGUUUGCCAGGAACUCCUUCCCUUGAUGGUAUGACAAGCAUUAAUUUUUAUUUUUCCUACCUAGAAGAUCUUCCUUGAUCCAAUUAUGAAAAAAUGUUUAGAAAAGGAAAAAAACGACACAGCAGCAGCAGCUCACAAAGCAGUGAAAUCAGUACUAAAAGCAAGGUUUUGGAAUGAUCAUUUGAAUAUUCUGGAUUUUCCAAGGUGCCGUUUCACUUCCCUUGCACUGCUAUGCUAUUCCAAGCAUUGGUGACAAGCAUGUAGUUGUCAAUUUCUUCAAGUUAAGAUGCAGUACCAGAAAAGUCUGGACAUAACCUUAAGUCUGUAGAUUCCAGUCUUGGGGGACUUUCCAGGUCUAGUACUGUGGCUAGUCUAGAUACAGACUCCACGAAAAGUUCAGGACAAAGCAAUAGUAAUUCUGAUACGUGUGCAGAAUUCAGAGUUAAAUAUGUUGGUGCCAUUGAAAAAUUGAAACAUAAUGAGAGCAAAAGUCUUGAAGGGCCAUUGGACUUGAUAAAUUACAUAGAUGUUGCACAGCAAGAUGGAAAGUUACCUUUUGUUCCAGGUGAAGAGGAGUUUAUUAUGGGAGUUUCCAAAUACGGCAUUAAAGUUUCAACAUCUGAUCAGUAUGAUGUGUUACAUAGGCAUGCUCUCUAUUUAAUUGUACGGAUGGUCUGCUAUGAUGAUGGUCUGGGAGCAGGAAAAAGUUUACUGGCUUUGAAGACAACAGAUGCAGCCUCUGAAGAAUGCAGCCUCUGGGUAUAUCAGUGCAAUAGUUUGGAACAAGCACAAGCUAUUUGCAAAGUGUUAUCUACAGCCUUUGAUUCAGUUUUAAUGUCGGAGAAGUCCUGAUUUUCCUCAGCAGCACGUGACAGUGCAGUACAAGAGGCCUCUGCAUAGGGACAAAACAGGGCUCCUCUGUGAUACCGCAGACCGGCUGUAGCUAUACACAAACCUAGAAGAGAUUUGCUGUGCAAACAAGAGCCAUGCACCACUGCACAUGGUACUUUGUCAUGCCCCAAACGUGACUUGAAGGAAUUAUACCAUCUUCGGUUUCCAGGAUAAUAGAAAAUUUUAUAUUUAACAUUAUUUUUUUCCUAAAUUGUGUUUUGUAUAUUAAUGUCAAUAUUGUAGAAAUGUAAAAUAAAACUGACACUUGCUUCUA